AGUUUUGUUGUCGAUUGUGAUAGUUGCGAGGCAAAACUCUCCAAUCUGCGCGUGGCUCUAUAGUUAUUUUUCAGCGGUGUUGUUAUGGAAAACGGGUGAAAUCAGAAACUUUGACCUCCGAGGACAUCUUCGACCUUUUUGAAACAACGAAGAGAGUGAAGGCGUGAUGGUGGCGACCGAGUUUGCGGGUGGCAAGCAGGGUGGCUACGAGACGGACAACCCUGUUUCGCCUGACCUGGAGGCGGCGAUCGACGGGGGGCCGCAGCUGCCCCCAGUGGUCUUCGCCGCUCAGAUUCCGCCCGAGUCUUACGGCUCGAUGGUGGCCAUCGUGCCUCCAGACCCGCCGGCAGAUCCUCUCCAUCUGCACAAUAACCACAAGCACGAGCGGAGCUGGAGCACGGCGCUGCAGGUGGCGGUGCCAUUUUUCAUCGCCGGCGCCGGCACCAUCGGCGCCGGACUCAUGCUCGGCAAGGUCGAGCACUGGCCCGUUUUCAAAGAAGUUUCCGAACUGUUCAUUCUGGUGCCGGCCCUUCUGGGCCUCAAGGGCAACCUGGACAUGUGCCUGGCGUCGCGACUCUCGACCCAGGUCAACCUCGGCAACAUGGUCAGCGCCAAGGACAUCUGGUCGCAGGUCGUUGGAAACGUCGCUCUCGUCCAGGUCCAGUCAAUUGUGGCCGCCUUUUUGGUGGCGAUCUUUGCAGUUACCAUUGGAAUAGUCAUGAAUGGUUCCUUUGAAUGGAAACAUGGUCUCCUGUUGGCGGCCGCCGGAAUCAUCACGGCCACCGCCUCAUGCUUUGUUCUAGAUUUUGUGAUGAUUGCUGUGAUUUUGGUUACUCAUCGACUACGAAUCAACCCAGACAACAUUGCCACACCUUUGGCCGCCAGUUUCGGAGACGUCGUUUCCAUCACUGUCUUGGCCAACGUUGCCAAUUUCCUAUACGCCUAUCAUGAUUCGCUUCAUUUUGUGACGCCCAGUAUCCUCGGAGGCUACGUGUUGUUGCUGCCCUUCUGGAUCUUCGUUGUGAUCAAACAGAAACACACAAAACAGGUCCUCAUGACCGGCUGGACGCCUGUUCUCUCUGCUCUCUUCAUUUCCGGGCUUGGAGGUCUAGUUUUGGGCACCGUGGCGUCCACCUUCCCCGGUUUUGUCGUUUUCCAACCCAUCAUCAACGGCAUCGGAGGCAACCUCGUGUCCGUCCAGGCCAGUCGAAUCUCCACCUUUUUGCACCAGACCUCCCUCCUGGGCCAACUGCCCGAGUACGCAGCCAAAAUUUGCAUCAGCCCCUUCUCUGUUCUCAUCUGCGGAACACCCCAGGCUAAAAUCAGCAGAAUUCUGCUUGCAAUGGCCGUACCUGGACACAUAGUCUUUGCCAUUGUUGCAGACUACAUUUACUCUGGAAAGUCGACGGUGACUGAAGCCUUCAUGGCCUCCUACCUAUUUGUCAGCAUUCUCCAGGUUGCAUUACUUUUGUACUGUGCCCAUCUGCUGGUCCACCUGAUGUGGAGGUGGAAAAUCGACCCUGACAACUCCACCAUCCCCUACCUGACAGCCCUCGGCGACCUGCUGGGCUCCAGUCUGCUGGCCCUGGCCUUCCUGUUCCUCCACAGCAUCAACAGGGACUACAAAACUGCCGACCCAGUUUAAAAUACUUAUAUUUAUUUGCAAACAAACAUGGAUUUCUCAUCAUCCGGAGCAUCACAAGUGAUAAUCUAAGGAAUAUAUUCCUCUCCCGAAAAUGGUCUGAUAAGAGGCACACAAUUUGCGCGGACACGCCUGUGAUAUGUAUGGGAAGUUUUGCUGUGAAAGUUUCUAGGAUUCUAUACAUUUUAAGGUAAAACAAAAUUGUUUAACUUUUGGGAAUUCCGAUAAACAGGUGCACACAGAGCCGCAAGAAAACAACAAUAAUGCAUUUUUACAUACAAAAUAUAAAACAGCAUUUCUCACUUAUUUAGAUUAAAUUAUUAACUAUUUUACCAAAAACAAGUAUUUUUAAUUUUUGUCAAUGUAGAAGAUUAUAUAAAAUUCAAUAAAAAUCAAAAUAAAAAUUUUA